UUCCCCUAGUCUACCAGCAAAAGUGUUUUAUUCAGUGCUUUGGCAAAACCCGCAAAAGAUUACGUGGCUCGUUAUAUAUACGUAUAACCUCUUGGUGAAGUUUAAUUUGAGAAAAAUGUCUGCUUACGAUGCUGAAAAGGAUGCAAACUACCCAGACAAGAUGCAAGCAUUCGUAGAUCUGGGAAUGGCCGUUGACUGCCGGUUUCUAAUCGGUCCGGACGCAGCAAAUGCCCAAGAAAUAGAUGGGCACAAAAUUAUUUUCGCCUCAGAGUCUCCAGUGUUCAAAAGCAUGCUCUUCGGUGAUUUUAAGGAAAAGACUGCCCUACUGGAAAUUCCGAUUCCAGCAGAUAAUUUUAAAGACUUUAAGCACAUGCGUCUAUUGUUAUAUAGCGUCGAUCGAAAUGCUUUACUGGAACUCAUGAGAAUAAGUGAUGUCAUUGCUUUAUAUUGCAUUUGCGAUAAAUAUCUUAUGGAAUCCUUGACUGAUCUUAUCGACUACAUGAAAUCGCAUUUGGCGAAAGCGUCUAACGAGGAUAAAAUUUACAUUUUAAAAUUUGCUGACGAAUUUCAAAAAACAAACCUCAUGAACUGCACUUGGAAGCACAUAUUAAAGGGGCGGGGAUCAAUAACCUUUGGAAACACAAACAUCCUGAAGCCACAUCUUUUUGUCGAUUUAAUCAGACAAGUAAGCUCACUCGUACCUGGCGACGACUUAUUUAGAGCAAUUGAAAAAUAUUUGGAACAUCACAAACUUAUACCAACAAAUAUUUUAAAUGCUAAAAACGCAAAAGGAGAUGAAAAACUUAAACAUGAGAUUUGGGAAUCUCUUAUGUUUUGGACUGUCGAAAGAGAUUUUAGAUGCUAUCAAAUUCAGCCCAAAAGAAUAUGUAAAGCGGACCUCAUUACGUACGGGGAUACCCUGAAGUCGAACUGACCCGGGCCCGCUCCGCUGCGCCUUCUUUUACUUUAUAUGGAACAAAAGUUUCCUUGGAAUAUUUAUUUUCGACAACUAAAGAUCUUUUAGUGAAAUACCAUGCUAACUUAACUAACAAUUUAACAAUAUAAGUGCCUUUGUCUGAAUCCCAUAUGAUCUUUAUUGGUCUACGAAUUUAAGUUUGGAUGUAAGGUGUAAUCCAUUUUUAAAAUACUUUACUUCAGCCCGCUACUCUCAUGAUAUCUGAUUUAGUGGUGUUUUUGGGGGAGAGGUAGUCCCCCAGAUACUUGGCCUGAAAAAAUGUCAGCAUCGUGCUCUUCUCUCAAAUACCAUUCAUUUAAACCCCAUAUUGCCUUUUGUUUAAGAGGAGUUUAAAGGAUGGGGCGUCCCCCAAACACAUGGCUCCAAAAUAGGUUAUCAAAUUCGUUUUCUAAUCUCAAAUACCUUUCAUUUGAGCCACAUAUUGGCAUGGUCGAAAAUUUUUUUCCCUUUGGGGUGUUUUGGGAAAGGGGUGAUGCCCUAAUUACAUAGUCCUACAUUUGGAUAUCAAAUUCGUAUUCUAUUCCCAAAUACCUUUAUUUGAGGCCCAUGGUCACUAAAAUAUUGCUGUUUGUGUCCGAUUUAGGGGUGUUUUGGGUGGUCCCCCUAGCACUUGGUGCGACAAUUGGAUAUCAGAUACGUUUUCUUAUCCUAAAUACCUUUCAUUUGAGUCCCAUAUUGUCGAGAUUGGCCUAAAUAUAUGUUUGGUAGGUUUUAGGGUGGGGUAGCCCCUCCUAGGUACCCCAUCCGAAUUUUGGAUAUCAAAUCUCCGAAAUCUGGCGUUUCUGAAAAUAGGGGUAAGGGGGAGGGUCUGCCCCCCUUCAGAUAUCAAAAAAUGUAGUAACCUAUUUUCACCACGGGGUCAUUAUGCACCAUCUGUGAAAAUUUCAAGAAAAUCGGUUCAGCCGUUUCUGAGUCUAUAAGGAACACACAAACAUACAAACAAACACAAAUUGAUUUUUAUAUAUAUGUAAGAGAUAUUUGCAUGGAAUUUUCUUAUUUAAAUAAAUAAAAGCAUGCAUUUAA